AUGACUGGUGUGUUUGUCCAGUUGAUGGGGGUGGCCCCAGGCCCAGCGGUGUCCUGGAGGAAGGUGCUAUAGGAGUGCCAGCCAUUCCCUGAUAACUACGUGGACUGCCGCUUCAUGGAGGAGCUCAGGAGGAACGAGGGCCUCCGCCAAUAUCGCUACUGGGCCGUGGUGCGGGAGGCAGGACUGGUGGCACAACAGAUCUCCUGUGUGGCUCUGUUCCUCACUUGCUGGUUGUACAUGGAGCAGGUACACACCUUACAGUGAAGCUCUAAUGACAACCUACUCUCCACAUAGUGCACUAAUGUGACCAGAACAAUAGUGUAAAUCAUAUAGCUAGGGUUGUAGUCAAAAGUUGUGCACUAUAAUAGGGAAUAGGUUGUAAUUCAGUUUUAGACUCCUUUGCCACAUUAGGCCAUGUGUAAAGUCUAGCCCCUAUCUUCUCUCCCUCCAGGGCCUGCUCUCCUCCUCCACUCUGCUGUGGAGCGGCCUGCUCUGUGCCCUGCUGGGCUACGGACUCUACCAAACGCUGGCUCCGCGGGAGAAUUCAGACAGCCACCAGUGUACACGUUGGUCUGACCUGCAGAGUGCCUCCAUCUUCCUCUCCUUCACCUUCGGGUUCUCUCCUGUCCUCAGGACGUUAAGAGUCCGUCAGUACAGACACGGUGUACGCCAUGACAGCGUUGCUGCUGCUGGCCCACCUGGUGGCCUUCCCCUACACCCAGCCCACUCCCCCUGGGAGCCUCUUUCAACGCUGUCCUGUUCACCUCAGUCUGCCUGGCCUCUCGCCUCCCCACCUCUUGGGGCCUGGACUCCUCUCCCUCCAUACCUUCAGCAUGCUCUGCUGGACCCUGUUAGUUUUCACCCUGUGGCCUUGCCUGCUGCAGCAGCUGAGGGAGCACGCCCCCCGGGGGUUUGGGUGUGUGGCCAGGGGGAGCUGGCUGCAGCGUUGGGAGACUGACUCUGCAGUUGAUCCGACUGCAGAGUGACAAGGAUAACAUACAGGGACCCUGGGAUGAGGCAGAGAUACGAGAGGACCUGACAUGCUUUUUACACUGA